AUGUGGACGUCUGUAGAGAAGUACUUCAAGAGAGCAGACUACAUUCCUGGCCUCAAGGUAGGACACAAACAGUCAGUGAGUGUACAGUAUCUCUGCUAUAUUGACCUUCUUGUCUCUGGGUGUAGCUGGACGGCAUUGGACGUUCUGUGUGUGAGGGAGGCCAUCAAGUCAGCUGCAGACCACUGCAGAGCCGGGAAGGUGAGCUAUGAUUGGAUGUAGAGCUGGAGAAGACGAUUUCUGAUUGGUGGAGAGAUUAGCAAUUUAUAACUGGUUUAAGAGCUUGAAGAGUGUUAAGAAUCACUUUGUCUCAGACAAUCUAAUCUCAGAUGAUCAGCUUCUACAACAGUAUCAAACCAGUGUCUCUUCCCUGACAGAGGGAGGCUAUGUGACCAGCAUAGAGACAUUAUGUGGAAGAGACUCCAGUACAGAGCUGCAACUGGCCCUAGUUUAACCACUCCUGGUGUGCUGCAGGGCCAAAGAGCAUAGAUAUAGAAAGAUGCUGAGAAACUGCAGCUCCAAUAGAAAUCCCUGAUCAAGCUAUUUAGCAGUGUCAUGGCGGUGUUGGCCACCUUGUGAUGUCUUUUGGUUGGGAAACAUCUCUGGCAGGGUCCUAUUGUCAUGGAGCUGGAAACCUACCGUUACCAUGGACACAGCAUGAGCGAUCCAUGACCCUGUGACCGUCGUCUCCGCCGGUCUCUCUCCGCCCCCUCACUCCUCCCCACACCUACUCUCCUCUCUCUCACCUCCUUUAAGCCUUCCACAUGCUUUGGUUUGGCUGGCGCCUAGCCGAGUUUGAAAGAGUGUGCACGCAUCCUCCCUUAAAAUACCUUUAUUUUCAGUUUUAAAGCUAAUUUCCUGCAAUUCUAUGCAUUUUGCCAUGGCUAAUACUGUUGUUUUCCACAAACAUAAUAACAAAAUACUGCUAAAUUCAUUGUUUUUGGAAUUUUCAAUUCUCCCUGACUGUCUAGCUUUUAUUUAGCUGAUUGUUAGUUCUCAAAGAUUAUAAAAACAUAAAUAGGGCCAUUAUCUUUUCUAAAUAUAUCUGGUUUUAGACGUUGAAUUUUACUCUGAAAGCGUAAAUGUGUAUUAUUAUUAUUUAAAAACUGUUUGGACUUAGGUGACCUGAAAAAACGCUUAGGCCCAAGGAUUUCAAUGGCAGAAAAGAGUAUCCCCAUCACUAUGCUGAAGGAACACAUGGGGAGAAUCUCAAUUGCAUUCUCCUCGCAUUCUCUCUCCUCUCCUCCUUCUCAAAACCCAUUAGAUGAGAAAGCCAGAGAUCCCUCCCCUCUGACCUUCUCCUCCAAUGGAAGGAGAAUUUUUGAGAAGGAGGAGAAGAAUGAGGACACACGCAGUAUGCAAUUGAGAUUCUCCCAUUCUGUCCAACAACAUGGCUGCUGUGGAGAUGAUCAAGGUACACACACACAUGUCCUUCCUCUCAUCAGGAGAUAGAUAUAGAGAUAAGGAAAGUGAUCGAGGGUGUGGCCCAGUUUGCGAUCUCUGACCCUGAGGCUCCAUUGGACGAGCUCUGCAACCAUAUCUUCUCCAUUGAUCCGCAGGACCAAACCCUGGGUCAAACUAAAGUCUGUCAGCUAGACACACAUACACCUGGACCAAACUACAGUCCAUCAGCUACACAUCCCCUCCGACGCUCUGCGACACCAAACCCUGGGUGAAAGUCUACUCCUCUUCUCUUCUCUUCUCUUCUCUUCUCUUCUCUUCUCUUCUCUUCUCUUCUCUUCUCUUCUCUUCUCUUCUCUUCUCUUCUCUUCUUCUCUUCUCUUCUCUUCUCUUCUCUUUCUCUUCUCUUCUCUUCUCUUCUCCUUCUCUUCUCUUCUCUUCUCUUCUCUUCUCUUCUCUUCUUUCUCUCAUUCCCUUCUCUCAUUAGUUCUCUAAACGCACAAUAAGAGAUGAAAUGGUCACCCUGUAGGCAGUGGCGGCUCCUGAAAAAAUUCUCAGGAGGGGCAAUUUUUCUGAUGAUUUAGGUGACCUACACACAUUUUUAAAAAGAUAUGUCCAGCAACAACAUGAAGACAGGGGCAGCAUAUAAGUCAAUACCAGAAGCAUUUAUUGACUGAUCUGGGGAGAUGGAUUCCAGUUUCUGUGACAGAUUAUAAAUAAUCUCUGAUGCCUUUGUUAUAUUAGCUUUUGGUUGAAUGUACUGUCGUAGUAAAUAUAUAAUGUUAUAGCUUGGUCUGACUAAAAUCUUGUGCAUGACCCAUUUUGUGUUGGGCGUUUGUUUCUGUUCCUAUCCUAUAACAAUGGACAAAAGAGUCCUAUCUUGUCAGCCUUGUCAGCAGGUGGCCAAGGAGUGGUGAUCCUAGCUGACCUAAGACAGGACACUUUUACUUUACUCGCGUGCACGAACGAGUCCGUGCACGCGAUUCCAGAUAUCUUUACCUCUGAAUAAACUGCCUUUAUUAUACCAUAUCCACCCUGUCCAAAGUCUCUACUUGGUCUCAGUUCUCCAGUAAACUUGUGAUUAUCAACAGUACACAACGGUAAAAACAAUGGGGGAAUCACGGGGCAGAUAGUAACCACUUAAAGGAAGCGAUUCCCAAACCUUCCAUAACAAAGCCUACACUACAGAGGAAACCAAAAAAUUGGGGAGAAGACUCCCUAAGGCUAGUGCUUUUCCCCUUUUUUUAUCUUUUUUAAAAAAGUUUAAAAAUUUUUUUCUCCCAAAAAAAUGGGGCCCCUUGGGUUACUUAUACUUUUUUUUACACAUACAUGGAUGGGGUGUGAAAAAUGUUAUCAAAAUGUUUGCAUGGGCCAAAAAGUUUGGGAAACCCCUGAUUUAAAGGGACAAUCUGGGAUUGGUACUAUCAAUUUGUGGACUGUACAAAAUUAUUGAUAAAGCCUGAAGAAUGUACUUUAAAUGCUUCAUUAGCUUAUCUGUCUUAAACCCAUCAGAAGCACAAAUAUAAGCUUGUUUUGACUCAUUGUUUGUAAACAUAAUUUGUAAACAACACUGUAUAGCUUCAAAACAUAGUUAAAACUAUACUUUUGAUAUCAUGGAUGGUUAGUCCUUGAUCCAUAGCUCCAUAAAUUUGAGGGUGAGUUGCAUUCUCAGGCCCAUCCCUCAGCUUUUUACCAAAACAGAGUGGGGUACGCUUUGUGUGUGUAUGUGUGUGUCACAGUGUGGCCCUACCCUGUCUUACCAGGUGCAACAGCCAGGCGUGUUGUGACGCUGUACAGAGACGGAGCGCCAACCAAGUGAGACUUGUUCAAUCUAUCUAGCGGUUACAGUAAAGCAUGAAGUCAUCUGAUCAUCGACUAUCCUCGUCUUGCCAUCAGGGCCAGAUCUUUGAGUCUUCAUCUUGGUGGCUCUGUGGGAGUUGAUCAUGUAUCUUCAUCUGUGAGAACAACAACUUAAUCAUGUGGACGUCUGUAGAGAAGUACUUCAAGAGAGCAGACUACAUUCCUGGCCUCAAGGUAGGACACAACAGUCAGUGAGGUACGUAUCUCUGCUAUAUUGACCUUCUUGUCUCUGGGGUUUAGCUGGACCGGUUUUUGGACGUUCUGUGUGUGAGGGAGGCCAUCAAGUCAGCUGCAGACCACUGCAGAGCCGGGAAGGUGAGCUAUGAUUGGAAUGUAAGCUGGAGAAGACGAUUUCUGAUUGGUGGAGAGAUUAGCAAUUUAUAACGGGUUUAAGAGCUUGAAGAGUGUUAAGAAUCACUUUGUCUCAGACAAUCUAAUCUCAGAUGAUCACUUCUACAACAGUACAAACCAGUGUCUCUUCCCUGCAGAGGGAGGCUAUGUGACCAGCAUAGAGACAUUAUGUGGAAGAGACUCCAGUACAGAGCUGCAACUGGCCCUAGUUUAAACCACUCCUGGUGUGCUGCAGGGCCAAAGAGCAUAGAUAUAAAAAGAUGCUGAGAAACUGCAGCUCCAAUAGAAAUCCCUGAUCAAGCUAUUUAGCAGUGUCAUGGCGGGUUGGCCACCUUGUGAUGUCUUUUGGUUGGAAACAUCUCUGGCAGGGUCCUAUUGUCAUGGAGCUGGAAACCUACCGUUACCAUGGACACAGCAUGAGCGAUCCAUGACCCUGUGACCGUCGUCUCCGCCGGUCCCCUCUCCGCCCCCUCACUCCUCCCCCACACCUACUCUCCUCUCUCUCACCUCCUUUAAGCCUUCCACAUGCUUUUGGUUUGGCUGGCGCCUAGCCGAGUUUGAAAGAGUGUGCACGCAUCCUCCCUUAAAAUACCUUUAUUUUCAGUUUUUAAAGCUAAUUUCCUGCAAUUCUAUGCAUUUUGCCAUGGCUAAAUACCUGUUGUUUCCACAAACAUAAUAACAAAAUACUGCUAAAUUCAUUGUUUUUGGAAUUUUCAAUUCUCCCUGACUGUCUAGCUUUUAUUUAGCUGAUUGUUAGUUCUCAAAGAUUAUAAAAACAUAAAUGGGCCAUUAUCUUUUCUACAUAUAUCUGGUUUUAGACGUUGAAUUUUACUCUGAAAGCGUAAAUGUGUAUUAUUAUUAUUUUAAAACUGUUUGGACUUAGGUGACCUGAAAAAAACGCUUAGGCCCAAGGAUUUCAAUGGCAGAAAGAGUAUCCCCAUCACUAUGCUGAAGGAACACAUGGGAGAAUCUCAAUUGCAUUCUCCUCGCAUUCUCUCUCCUCUCCUCCUUCUCAAAACCCAUUAGAUGAGAAAGCCAGAGAUCCCUCCCCUCUGACCUUCUCCUCCAAUGGGUUUUGAGAAGGAGGAGAGGAAUGAGGACACACGCAGUAUGCAAUUGAGAUUCUCCCAUUCUGUCCAACAACAUGGCUGCUGUGGAGAUGAUCAAGGUACACACACACAUGUCCUUCCUCUCAUCAGGAGAUAGAUAUAGAGAUAAGGAAAGUGAUCGAGGGUGUGGCCCAGUUUGCGAUCUCUGACCCUGAGGCUCCAUUGGACGAGCUCUGCAACCAUAUCUUCUUCCAUUGA